ACGUCAGACGAUAAAGUACCUCCCGUCCGGUUCUACUGCCAGUUUCCAAGAAGGGGUCCACACUCACUGUUGAGAUCAGCACAAUGUUCGACUCAAAGAUUAGGGUGCCCAAGUACGACUCGGAGGCGUUCGACAAUGUCGAGUACGAGCUGCAGAUGACGUACACCCUGGAAACGGAUCGCAGGAUCAUGAGCUUCUACGAUGCCAUGUGGGGCAUGGAGGUGUCCGGCGGUAUUGAUCAAUUCGAACCGCUGACCAUUCUCAAUGUGUCACCCACGGGAUUGGCAAAGAGAGGCGGAAUGCGAGUGGGUGAUGAGAUCACGCAGAUCAACGAUGUGCCAGCUCUGGAGAUGACCUUUAAUGAGGCUUUGCAAAUGUUCCGGAAGAAUUCGCGUUACGUUCGCGUUUAUGUGAGGGGCGAUGAUGAUGCCCCCGGCGAGGAGGAUUGGACCUGCGAUUGCUGGUUCAAGCCCAGGAAGCCCUGGCGACGCGAUUUCACACCCAUUCAGUGGACCUUCCCCUGGAACGAUCGUCGUAAGCCCGUCUACAAGGAGUCCAACUGCUUCAUGGUGCCUAGUAAAAUGGAGGAGAAGAUUCGGGCGAGGCGUGCUGUCACCUCAGCUGUCCACAAGAAGGACGAACUGGCUCCACACACUCGCUCCCUGACGCCUACUCCUAGGCCCAAGAAUCAACCUGGUCCAAAUCUUCUAGAGACUGUGCUUAGACCACGUGGACCACCGCCAAGGGAUUAGGAUUGCGAUUUGAUCCGUAAAAUGAAGCUGGCCAAGUCAUAUGGUUUUGCAGGCAGUGCUGAAUCCGCUGCAGUGUAUCUAGACCGUUGAGGAUUAGUUACUUAUAAAGAAGGCAGGCAAUGGAAGUGCCUCAAAAUAGCUGGGAAAAGAUUUUGAAGAAUGUUCUUAUGAGAACAGUGUCUUAAUCCUGCCCAGAAUUCAGCGGUUCAUUUAGUUUAUGGAGAAAUUUUAUAUUAAACCAUAACUGGCAGGCAUUUAACUUUUGAAGUGCCUUGGCUUGGAAAAUUGUUCUGAGAGAACUUUGUCCUAAUGCUGCCUAGAAAAGCUAAUAUAGUAGAUAAAUGAAACUUCUAGAAACUGAUUUCGAAGAUUAUUUUAAAAGAAUAUUGUCGAAAUAUAAACUUUUAACUAGGAAUGUGUUAGAUGAAGUUAAUAAACCAAAACUAGUUCUGAAUUUAA